ACCGCGGCAGAAUCUGAUUGGUCUGUGAUUGAAUCAAAAGCCUUUGCCGAGUCGCUGGAUUAAGGUAGUCGAAUCUCUAGAGCAAAGAGAGAGAGAGCGUGAGACCCAAACUCACUUACCUGAUCCGAGAUGGAACAUGACCCGGGUUCAAAGCAGCUCCGACCCGACGAACCAGAGCUCGACCUCUACACCAUCCCAAGCCACACUAGCUGGUUUUUGUGGGAUGAGAUUCAUGAAACUGAGAAAAAAGGUUUGAAGGAGUUUUUUGAUGGGAGGUCUAUAUCAAGAACACCAAAGGUGUACAAAGAGUAUAGGGAUUUUAUUAUUAACAAGUAUAGAGAAGACCCUGCUAGAAAGCUCACAUUCACCGAGAUUCGGAAGUCGCUUGUGGGUGAUGUUACUUUGCUGCACAAGGUCUUUAAUUUCUUGGAAAAAUGGGGGUUGAUUAAUUUUGGUGCAACUUUGGGGCGCAAUGAUGGUUUUGGUGAGGCCAGGAUUACGGUUAAGGUUGAGGAAGGAGUCCCAAGUGCAGUCCGAGUGGCUGCAAAUCCAAGUGAUUCUAAGCCCCUUUCGGCAACACCUUUGGAAAGGGAGAGUGGGAGUGGAAGUGCAAGUAGAAUUGCGUUGCCUCCAUUGGUGUCGUACUCGAAUGUUUUUGGUGAUUUGAAGAAAGAGAGGUUGGUUUGUAAUAAUUGUGGCGGACAUUGUGAUUCUGGACACUACAAGUAUAACGAGGGUGAUUUUCUACUUUGCACAAAGUGCUUUGAAAAUGGAAACUAUGGGGAGAACAAAUUGAAGGAAGAUUUCAAGUACAAUGAGCCAGUUGAAAAGAGUGGUAAUACUGGAGUUGAGUGGACUGAAGCAGAAACUUUACUUCUUUUAGAAUCUGUUGUGAAAUAUGGAGAUGAUUGGGAUCGUGUUGCUCAAAAUGUUCAGACCAAGACCAAAGUUGAUUGUAUUGCGAAGCUUAUUGAUCUGCCUUUUGGGGAGGUUCCGUUGGGUUCAGGUCACAGAAAAGGUAAGCACAGUGGCAACUUGAGCGGUUCAAAACAAGGUCAGUUAUCUUUGUCAGAGUGUCAAGAGGCUAUCAAAACAAAGAGUCAUGAGCAGGCAAAUGACAGUGAGCAGAAUGGAGAUACUGCAAACCAAGGCCCCCCUUUGAAAAAACAAUGUGUUACUUCCCUUUCGGAUUCUAGUAGUUCACUGAUUACACAGGUAUCAGCCUUAUCAACCUUGGUUGGUCCACAUAUUACAGCUGCUGCAGCUGAGGCUGCUGUUACUAUACUUUGUGAGGAAACCUCAUGUUCAAAGGAGAUAUUUAAUGCUGAAGAUGAUUCUGUUACUAAUGGCUUGCAGUCUCCCGCUAUAAACUGUGAGACAGAGAGAGUCCUUCAACUUGAAGAUUCAGAGAUGAAGGAGAAGCCAACUGAAUCAGCAAGCCAUGUUGCAUUUGAGAAAAAAGAUGGCAUACCUCCAACUUUACAAAUUAGAGCUGCCAUCGCAACAGGUCUUGGAGCAGCUGCUGCUCGUGCAAAAUUGCUGGUGGAUCAGGAGGAUAGAGAGAUUGAACAUCUUUUGGCAACCAUAAUAGGGACACAGAUGAAGAAGUUGCACUGCAAAAUGAAGAAUGUCGAAGAAAUAGAGCUGCUUAUGGAGAAUGAAUAUGCAGAAACCAAAGAAGAAGAAGAUUCUCUGCUAGCAGAGCGAAUUGACGUCAUACAAAAGACGAUAAACUCUGGCGUACCUAGAUGGAGGGAUCAUCCUUCUCUCAAAUCUUAAAAAUGUGUCCAAGAGUAUGUCAACAUCUAAAGUAGAGGAGAGAAAGAAACAUAGACUAGAGUAGAGUAGCAAUGUGUUGCAAUGUUGCAUAGGGGCAUCUUACGAACAGCUUUUGUACACCUCUCCCGGAUUUCUAGUUCUUGCCAAUGGACUGGAGAGUAGAGUAGAAAUUGUUUGUUUGUUUUUUCUGUUUUAAUGAAGCUGGAGAGUAGAAAUUGUUUGUUUGUUUUUUCUGUUUUAAUGAAGCUGGAGAGUAGAAAUUGUUGU